AUGAAACUCUUUCAAGUUGAUUCUUUGCCGUUAUUAUUAUUGUCAUCAGAUGCUUCAUCAGAUGCUUCAUCAUCAUCAUCCUUUCAGCAGCAGGAUCAGCAUGAUGAUUUUUCAGAACAACAAAAUACUCAUCAGCAACAACCACAACAAGACCAUGAAUUUGAACAUGAACAUGAUCAUGAUCAUUAUCCCAAACAACUGCAAUACAUUCCAAGCCAUCACUUGCAACAGAAGGAUUACUUUUCCGGAUCUUUCUUGGUACCACGCGAGACCUUUUUGAAACAGCUUCGACCGCGGCAUUAUGUCAAAUUGGAAUCGGCUUCUUUGGAAACUUCGUCGUUUGGCAAUGGCAACCAAAAAGCCAAAAUGAUGCAAGAUUGGACGUCUUUGGCUGUGGAACACUUUUCUCACUGGUGGAAGACUUUGUACAAACUACUCGAGUAUACUACUAUUACUACUACUAAUGAUGAUCAUGAUGCUGUCAAACGAUUAUUGAUGGAUCGAAUCGUCCAAAUUUUCAAACGAUACAUUCAAAUCCAAGCACCACGACAACUACGAUGGAAUUUACAGUACCACAGUAAAAAAAGGAACGAACGGGAUCACCAACAACAACAACAACGACGACAUCAAGAGGAUCAUCCCAUGCAACGAACGAUUGCGGCCAUUGCCUUUCAACCAUAUCGAUUGCCACAAAUGGAGCAAGAACAACAAUCAAAAGGACAACAGUCGCAAGUGCAAAACGAAUUAGAGGAUUUGUUGACGGUACAUUCCUUGGCAGCCACCAUUGCUUCCAUGGUGGCGGCGGGAUUUGGACGAAUUCUAGUGGUGGGGUAUCAUCAUCAUCAUCAUCAUCCAGAACAGGAACAGGAACAAGAAAAACAAGCACAAAAACAAGAAUCAAUUCCCCCUUUCUGCGUGCUAGAGGCCUUUCGAUUGGUACAAGCAGCCUUUCCACAGAAUGUGAUUCUUAGUACCAUGGAUGCAAAUGAUGAUGCUGCAGAAGAAAGUGCAGACAAGAAGAAAGGACCAGGUACACAGAAUGGCGACAUUACCAAUAGUACUACUACUACUAUUACGUCUUUGGGAUAUGCUGCCAUUACCGAUGAAACCUGGGUCCGAAAUUAUCGACGCAAGAAACUAUUCAAUUUGCAAAUGGGAGUCGUCAUUGGUUUGCAAACGGCCUUGAAGGGAUACAUGAGACACAAUAUGACAAGACAACAAGAAUGGUUGGGGAUCCAAGAAAAGGAUGAUGGUGGCAAUGAUCAAAAUCAUAAGGAUCAUCCUCAUGAGUAUUGGAAAUAUGUCUUUCUCACCGAACCCGACUUGUUACUACAUACCAAACCAUGGGUGUUGUCGUUACUCCAAAAAGGCAUGGACGAAGAGGGAUUGUCCUACUUUCCACACCGAUUGCAACCAUUGCCACAUCAAGCCGAUUUUGAAAUAAUGCUACUACGCAUCAUGAAUGCUACAAGUACACGUACCAAGAAGAAGAAGAACAAGAACAAGAAGCAAGACCACAAUCAGCAAUCAUCAUCAUCAUCAUCAUCAUUGCUAUAUUAUUCUCAAUUGCUUCCAGACGAUAUCCUGCCUUUUUCCAACAUUACUGUUUUGGAGUAUCCCAUGGAUUCCUGUUGCGAUGAUGAUUCUUAUUUUGACAAUAUACAAUAUGCUGGUGCUGCUGGUGCUGGUGCUGGUGCUGGUGGUGAAUCAACAUCAUCAUCAUCAUCAUCAUUAGUAUUGCCCUAUCCCGGCCGCUCCAAAGAAUUUGGAUGGCGUCAACAUCAAGUACCCUGUAACGAUUGGUGGUGGACGUGUGGUUUUGUCCACAACAACAACAAUCAUGCUGGUGGUAAAGUACCCAAUGCUAUGGAUUCUAUUGAAAAGAAUGCAAUGCACAAUAACAAUAACAACUCGACACCAAACAACAACAACAAAAACAACAACAACAACAACAGCAGCAAACAUUUGCGAUUGGCACGAUAUCCCAUGUUACGGUUGCAAGGAGGCAGUGGUGUAGUGUUUGGAUCGACCGAACAAGGUCGACGAUGCAUUCCACGGAAAGGACCUUCUUGCGACGGAUGA